AUGGAAUCGGUCGUAGGAUUCUACAAGAGCCUGCCCAAGGGUGAAGCUCCUCAGAAGCGCGGUGGUGGAAUCAAGGCCCGUUACUUUGACGGCAAGAACGCUUCGGGUAAGCCGAUCGUGGCUACCCUCUUCACGUUGUUCUUGAUCGGUUACUCGAUCGACUACGCUCAACACUUGCCUCGACCCGUCGCAGCUUCUCGCCUCGACUCAUAUCUGUGA